CACAAGACGAUCAGCCACUGAUACAGCAGCUGCACAUCAAGAUCUGAUCAUUGACCGAUCAUCAAAAUCUGAUCAUCGAGCGACCACAGACCCAAACAUGAGGCCACGCUGUUGCUUCACCUGUCUUGUGCUCUUCAGUUUCUGCCCACUGGCUCGAAGUGAAUUCAGCGAAGGUCCCGAUAAGUGCUGCUUUUCUUUUUCCAAAGUAAAGAUCCCAGUAAAGCAGGUUGAGAGUUAUUAUAUGACACAUGCUGAGUGCCAUAGGAGUGGAAUCAUUUUCAUCACAAAAGCUCAAAGGCUGAUCUGUGCUGACCCAACCGAGAAAUGGGUUCAGAAACUGAAAACGACUGCUCGCCGAAUUGAAAUAUGGGCCAUACCUGAGAUGGCACUCGCCAAUUCUAAAGUGGACAGAGUGGCAAAGAAAGCAGAGUCAAUCAGAAUGACAGAAACUGCACCACAUCAGCGACCAGAGGAAACAACUCUAGUCUACCUCAUAGAGUCAAAUGACUGGUUAGAUUUUGACACAACACAAGCAAAUCCAAAUACUAAAAUGGCAUCAGAGUCAAUUGGCACAAGAGGAACAACAACACUCCAGAAAGCAGAUGAAUCAGCUGUAGUCCACCUCAAAGAGUCUGCUUACUUCUGCAUGCAGCCAGAAGAAUAACUAGUGAACUUCAUACAGUAUCUACAGUAUAAUGAGACAUAAAAGACCACCAAGUAAUACUUCAACCUGUUUCAGCUGGUAAAAGAGUGAACAAUUUCCAUGGAUAAAUUCUAUUAUGUAAAUAUAUAAUUAUAUAGUUUUUGCAUGGGACCUGAAUGCUAUUUUAUGACAUAUACUGAUGUUAUCAUAAUUGCUUAGACUGUAGGAAAUUUCCAAAACUGAAACAUGUGCCCUCUAGUAGGACACUGAAGUAUUGCAAAUUAGGAUUUAAAGGUGCAGUAAGUAAUUUCUGAGAAUCACUGUCGAUAUUUGAAAUCAACCCAAACAAACACACCCCUCCCUUCUCUGCUCCACCCCUAAAAUGCAUGAACAUGCAAUGCAAGAGUGGAUGUCUCUUUAUCAUAGCUGAAGCAAAGCAAAAUAACGCUUCGCAAAAAAUAAAGCGAAGAUGAUGACAAGGAAGAAUAAAAAAUGAAUGUACAGUGCACAAGAGUAUAUACAAGCAAGAGUUGAUUGUUAGUCGCUAGCAGCACACCAGCUCCAGACAAACAAAGACACUCAAAACCGUCCUGUUAUUAUAACAUUACAACAACACCAUAUCUUGGUUCUGUGAAACAUAGCAAAACCAAUGUUACUCACAUAUGGAGCAGAAAAAAACGCAACCUUGGCAUCCGUUUUCAGGCCUUCCCGCUUAGGUCUCUCCAGCGCUGGAAAGCUUUUCUAAUAUUAAUGUGGGUUUUAAAGCUCUUGCCUGAUCAUAACUCUUCUUUUUCCAAUGAUAUUCCUCUGACCUUUUCUCUUUUGUAAUGUCUCUCAGCCAUCUCCCUUUCUACAGUCUUCAAAUCUCCCUCUUGCUCACUCUCUCUCCUCCCCCAUCAUGAGUGUAUACGCCCCCUACUGCUGAUUGGCUUCAAGUAUGUUGUGGCGCUCAGUUUGAUCCACUUUCAACAGUGUUUCUCAGAAAUCGCUUACUGCACCUUUAAAUCACUGACUACUAUAAUACAUUGAUGUUUAUAGGCAUAUAAGAUUACUUAUAAGGAAUUUAUUUUUGUGUUAACAGAAUAUACAGUGCAGCACCAUAUAAAAUGGAAUGUUAGUGUACAACAAAAUGCAGAAUGAAAUACAGUACCAUAUACAUAUAAUGCUACUAGUUUUUAAAAAAUACAAACUUGGUGAGUAGAGGGAAAAAAUGUAGUUAAAUAAUAAAUAAAUGUAUGUAUGUAAAAUAAAUGUACAAGUGUAGAGGCCAACAUGUCAAAGUGUAUGCAUGUCUAAUUCAGGCAUGUUGGUUGGUUUAUAAUAACGUCACUGGUUAGAGGACGAAACUGUUCUUUUUCCUUCUGUGGUUUGUCUUGCAUAUAUAUUUCUGAAAUGCUUUUUUUUUUUUUCUUCUUCUUCUUUUUCAGGGUUUUCAGCCUUUGCAAGCCAUCUCAAUGUAACAUAUUCUAUGUAUGUGUAUUAUUUAAUAAAAGCUACAAACUAUAUCCAGCACUGUGCAUCAAACAAAGCAAAGAUACGUUACUAAACGGGUCUUUUGAUUCACUAAUGAUAGCUAAUUCAGUAGCACACUGAGGCUGUCAGCAACAUUUGUGAGUUUGAUUGUUACUACUGUGUGAAACUGUGGUUGUCUGACAUGUUAAGCCUCCCCUUUUAUUUAAUCUUUUCUUCAGGCAUGCUCAAGAAAUAGUUAGAUUUUUUUUUCUCUCUCAUACUCUCCUACUUGACUUCUAUUCAAUCAAAUUUUAUUCUUCACUCUCUAUAGCCACAUGGACUAGAAUAAUUGUUCAUUUAAUUUGAACAAUUUUUCUUUAAAGGAGUAAGGAACCACAUCAUAUUUUUGUUCUUUGCCUUUGUUUUCUCUUAAUGCUAGCUUGUUCUCUCAUAUCACUCUUAGUUUCUCUCUUUUAAUUUCUUCCAAGAUUUUUUAUUUUAGAUUUCUUUUUCAGUUUUCUUCAGGCCAGCUUGAAUUUCAUAUUUCAUACCAAAGGGUUUGGCAGGUUAGCAUGGUCUUGUUUGCCCCUGCUGUUAGAUGCUGGAACUGCACCAUCUGGACCCAAAAAAAAACACCUUUCUCUUUUGACAGCCUGUUCAUUCAAAAUCAGACAUGUAGCCUAUUCUCUUUUUUUUUUUUUCUUCUUUUCUUUCUUUUUUGCAAACAAACAAAUUGUGAAUAAUUAAUUAUUUUAUAGUAGAUGUUUUACCAGUACCUACAUUUUUGGGAGGUCUCCUAAAUGUGUGAAAUCCAAUUGAAUUCAUUAAUUAAUUGAAUUAGAUGUUUCUUUACAGUUUUUUUCAAUAAUUUCAGUCUUUUCAAUAAAGGAUAUAUAAGUCAUUGUCAUCCUUCAAAGUGAGUCAAUCUCUAAAUCUGCUCCUUUUGAUUCUUCAUUGUAUAGUUGAAGCUCUUGGAUUUCUCUCAUAGAAAUUCUUCCAGAGCUUCCAGACAGAUCAUUCCUCUCUCAUCACUAUGCCAUGCAUAGGCGAGUGUGUGUAAGGCUGGGUCUUCCCCUGGCCAUGGACUUGAGACUAGUGUGUAAUUUUCUCACUCAAACCACUGACUGCUGCUGCUUCUGAUUGCUUUUAGAGGGAAAAAUGCAUAACUGCUGGACUAUGAUCAGUUUUCUCAGUAGUAAUAGCACAUU